GUUUGAGAGACGUACACUUGCAGGAAGUUAGUCGCAUGCAGCGCGUUUGCUUGUGUAGAUUCGUAAGCAGCAAUCCGACGGCAGUUACGCUCAUGCUGAAAUAAAAAUAAAGCCGUUGUUAUGGCCACCACGGAGAAAGAAACCCCCGCUAAAAAGGCUGCUGCGCCGUCUGUAUCCCAGAUAAAUGCGGAAUAUGUCACGCAGUUGGCUAACAAAUAUUGGGCACCUCAUGCAAAGAAUAAACUACCCUUUGACCCUAAGGUGAUGAAAGAUAUUUAUGAGAAUGAGAUUCUCAACUCCAAAUUCGCCAUUAGGAAAAUUAUGCUGCUUGAAUUCAGCCAGUACCUUGAAAACUACCUGUGGGUGAACUACACUCCAGAGGUGUCCAGCAAUGCCUACAUCAUGUCCAUUUGUUGCAUUGUCAAUGAGAAGUUCAGAGAAAAUGUUCCAGCCUGGGAGGUAUUCAAGAAGGAGCCCAACCAUUUUCCAUUUUUCUUCAAAUGUGUGAUGGAAGCUGUGUUGGCAGAUGAGCAGGUUGGCCUUACUCUGAAGGAACAAACUGUGCUCCUGGUCUUCUUGGACCACUGCUUCAACAGUCUGGAGGUAGAUUUGAUCAGAGAGCAGGUGCAGCAGCUCAUCUCUCUGCCAAUGUGGAUGUGCCUCUUACCAUCCAGACUCCAACAUGAACUGAAGAAAGUUCCCAAACUGCAGAAGUUCUGGAAUCUAAUCAAAAAGAAAUUUGAUAAGAUGGAUGCUGACGCAGCUGAGCAGGCAAAGAAGGAGAGGACCUUCCUCUCAGCUCUUAUUAAAAAGUUUCAUGCAGUUCUUGCAUCAAUUCCACCAACAGGGCCUGUGUCCAUGGACCAAGUGCAUUACUCCGAGAGAUUCAUUGAACUCAUGAUUGAUUUGGAGGCACUGCUGCCCACCAGGCGUUGGUUCAAUACAGUGCUGGAUGAUUCUCAUUUGGUGGUCAGAUGUCACCUCUCCGGCCUCACCAAGAGAGAGAAGGAGGGACACCUCUUCUGUCAGUUGCUGGACAUGCUGAAGUUCUAUACUGGUUUUGAAAUCAAUGAUCAGACAGGAAAUGCCCUGACUCAGAAAGAGAUGACCACUUUGCACUAUGACAGAAUCACUUCUCUGCAGAGGGCAGCCUUUGCUCAUUUCCCAGAGUUGCACGACUUUGCCUUAGCCAAUGUCGCAGCAGUAGACACCCGAGAAUCCUUGACCAAACAGUUUGGGCAUCUAAGUCCCAAUAUGCUCCACAAGGUGGCCUCAUAUCUAUGCCUGCUGCCUGAACUGCCUGAAGGGCAAGACACCACUAUUGAGAAAGAGGUUCUUCUUGAAUUGCUGGUGUCUCGUCAUGAGCGCAGAAUCUCUCAGAUUGAGCAACUUAACCAGAUGCCCCUUUAUCCAACGGAGAAGAUAAUCUGGGAUGAGAACAUUGUGCCAACAGAGUAUUACUCAGGGGAAGGCUGUCUGGCUCUACCAAAGCUAAAUCUCCAAUUCCUGACCCUUCAUGACUACCUGUUGAGGAACUUUAACCUCUUUCGUCUAGAGUCCACCUAUGAGAUCAGGCAGGACAUAGAAGAUGUGAUUUGGCGCAUGAAACCAUGGCAGUCAGAGUAUGGUGGAGUGGUGUUUGGAGGCUGGGCGAGGAUGGCUCAGCCAAUCACCUCUUUUUCCAUAGUUGAGGUUGCCAAGCCCAACAUCGGAGAGAGCUGGCCUGCUCGUGUUCGAGCUGAUGUCACUAUUAACCUCAAUGUACAAGAUCAUAUCAAGCAUGAGUGGGAAGGUCUGCGGAAACAUGAUGUUUGCUUUCUGAUCACGGUGCGCCCUAUGCUGCUCUACGGCACACGUUUUGACCGGCGUCAGUCAUUUGUGGACCAGACUGGCCUUGCGUAUGUGAGAGGCUGUGAGGUGCAGGGUAUGCUGGAUGACAAGGGGCGUGUCAUUGAGGAAGGUCCUGAACCAAAGCCUAAGCUGCAUGGAGAUGUCAGAACAUUCCGAGUAUGGCUAGACCCGAACCAGUACCAGCAGGACAUGACCAACAGUAUUCAGAGUGGCACUGAAGACCCAUAUGAGACCUUCAACAUCAUCAUGAGACGCAAACCUAAGGAAAAUAAUUUCAAGGCUGUGCUGGAGACCAUCAGACAUCUGAUGAACACAGAAUGUGUCGUCCCAGACUGGCUUCAUGACAUCAUCCUAGGUUAUGGUGACCCAGGCAGUGCGCACUACUCAAAAAUGCCCAAUCAGAUCUCGACAUUGGACUUCAACGACACCUUUUUGUCACUGGACCACUUGCGUUCAUGUUUCCCUGGUUACAUCAUAAAGGUCGCUGAGGAGAACCCUGAACUUCAAGUUCCCCCAUUCAGAAUCACAUUUCCCACCUCAAACACAGCAGACAAAGGGAAAAAAAGAAAGGCUGAUGAAGAAGAGGAAGACAAGACCUUGAGUGUUGAACCCUAUGUCACCCCCAACCGAGGGCCAUAUCCCUACAAUCAGCCCAAACGGAAUACAAUUCAAUUCACUUCUACUCAAAUUGAAGCCAUUCGAGCUGGGAUGCAACCAGGACUAACCAUGGUUGUGGGACCACCAGGUACUGGAAAGACAGACGUUGCUGUUCAGAUCAUCUCAAACCUGUAUCAUAACUUUCCUGAGCAGAGGACCCUCAUAGUCACACACUCAAACCAGGCUUUGAACCAGCUCUUUGAAAAGAUUAUGGCUCUAGACAUUGACGAACGCCACCUUCUGCGUCUGGGCCAUGGAGAGGAAGAGCUGGAGACUGAGAAAGACUUCAGCAGAUACGGCAGGGUAAACUACGUCCUAGCCAGAAGACUGGAGCUCCUUCGAGAGGUUGGAAGGUUACAGGAGAGCUUGGAUGUCCCAGGAGAUGUUUCUUAUACCUGUGAGACUGCUGGACAUUUCUACCUUUACCAGGUGAUAUCCCGCUGGGAACAGUACAUGAGCAAAGUAAAGCCUAAACAGGGCAAGAAAGUGGAGGUGGAGACUGUUGCUGCACACUUUCCCUUCCACAAAUACUUUUCCAACGCUCCUCAGCCUGUGUUCAAAGGUCGGUCAUAUGAGGAGGACAUGGACAUCGCAGAGGGCUGCUAUCGCCACAUCAAGAAAAUAUUUACCCAGCUAGAGGAGUUCAGAGCCUUUGAGCUGCUGAGAAGUGGACUGGACCGCUCCAAGUAUCUGUUGGUGAAAGAAGCCAAAAUCAUUGCCAUGACCUGCACACAUGCUGCACUCAAACGUCACGACCUGGUGGAGCUAGGAUUUAAGUAUGACAACAUCCUGAUGGAAGAAGCUGCACAGAUUCUGGAAAUCGAGACCUUCAUCCCUCUAUUGUUACAGAACCCAGAGGAUGGCUACAGCAGGCUAAAGCGUUGGAUCAUGAUUGGCGACCACCACCAGUUGCCCCCAGUCAUCAAGAACAUGGCCUUCCAGAAGUACUCCAACAUGGAGCAGUCUCUCUUCACCCGAUUUGUCCGCCUGGGAGUGCCCACAAUAGACUUGGAUGCACAGGGCCGUGCACGUGCAAGCCUGUGCAACUUGUACAACUGGCGCUACAAACACCUGGGGAACCUGCCUCAUGUUCAGCAACUUCCUGAGUUUCAGGUACCCAACCCUGGCCUGACCUUUGACUUCCAGCUUAUUAAUGUGGAGGACUUCAAUGGGGUGGGAGAAUCUGAGCCCAACCCUUACUUUUAUCAGAACCUGGCAGAGGCAGAGUAUUCUGUGGCUCUAUACAUGUACAUGCGUCUGUUGGGCUACCCUUCUGACCGCAUCAGCAUCCUCACCACCUACAAUGGACAAAAACACCUGAUCAGAGAUGUCAUCAACCAGCGCUGUGCUGGAAAUCCAUUCUUUGGUCAGCCCCACAAGGUUACGACAGUGGACAGGUUCCAGGGUCAGCAGAACGACUACAUCAUCCUCUCCCUGGUCCGCACCAAAGCUGUGGGACACCUAAGGGAUGUGAGGCGUCUGGUGGUAGCCAUGUCAAGAGCCAGACUGGGCCUGUACAUCUUUGCCCGAGUGUCACUGUUUCAGAACUGCUUUGAAUUGACUCCUGCCUUCAACCAGCUCACUGCCAGACCACUGCAGCUACACAUUAGACCACAUGAGUACUACAACCAGGAACAGCCUCGAGAUGCUUCUGGACAGCCCGACCAAAUCGUGAAGAAUAUGCCAGAAAUGGCCAACCUGGUGUAUAAUAUGUACAUGCACAUGAUCCAGACCUCCCAGCUGUAUAGACAGCAGCAACAGCAAGAACUGGCUCUGCCUCCACCACAGACCCAAAAAGAUGCUGGUGCUUUGCCGACCACAGCUACAUCUGAGGAACCACAGGAGGAAACCCCCAUGGAGCAGGAAAACCCAGAAGGAAUGGCGAGCACAGAGACAAACUCAGAGGACACCAGUGAGAAGGAAGGAAACCAGGAUACAGAAGGCCAUGCUAAGAUGCCAGAGCAUCCUGGUAGAGACAGCGACAGUGAUGGAGAGGAGAGCGCAGAUGAGCAAUAACAGUAGAACAUCCUGAUAUGGAACUACUAUAGAGGGACCAAAUAGAUCCCCUAAAGAAAAAUGUAGUGCUUAGUCAGCAAUUUUAAAUUUGUUUUGUACUGGAAAGAGAUCCUUGUGAUGUUUCAUUAUCUUUUUCUAAAACAUUUGAUUUUCAUUACUAUCAGUACUUUAUUAAA